UGGCACCUCUAACGUUCCCCUCAACCACUCCUCCUGCUCUCACAUAUCUGCUUCUGGAGCCUGAGCAGAGAGAGCUCUUGGCCACAGCGGGGGUCUUUAAGCAUCCACUGCAACAGGAUGGCUGAGAAACAAGAGCAACCCGCAGCCUCCCAGAAUGGUGAAAAAGCAGAAAAUGCAGAAGGAGCAGAAAAUGCAGAAGGUGCAGAAAAUGCAGAGGCUGAAAAGCCAAAGUUAGAGCCUCUGCCACCAUUUGAAAUUGUUACCGGGGAACGUCUUCCAGCCUUCUUUUUCAAAUUCCAGUUCAAGAAUGUAGAAUACAGCUCGGGCAGGAACAAGACCUUCCUGUGCUACAUCAUAGAGAUGCAAGGCAAAGAAUCAAAAACCUUACGGGGCUAUCUGGAAGAUGAACACGCAGCAGCCCAUGCAGAAGAGGCAUUCUUCAAUACCAUCCUGCCCACCUGUGAGCCUGGGUUUCGCUAUGAGGUCACUUGGUAUGUCUCUUCUAGCCCCUGCGUGAGCUGCGCUGAACGGAUAGUAAAGGCUCUGAAGAAGAACAAGAACCUGCGUCUCUCCAUUGCAGUGGGCCGUCUCUUCAUGUGGGAGGAACCUGACAUCCAAGCAGCCCUGAAGCAAAUGAAAGCAGCCGGCUGCAAACUGAGGAUCAUGAAGCCUCAAGACUUUGAAUACGUCUGGAAGAAUUUUGUAGAGCAGGAGGAAGGGGAGGAACCAAAGGCAUUUGCUCCCUGGGAUGACAUUCAAGAAAACUUCCAGUAUUAUGAUGAAAAACUAGCUGAGGUUUUACAUUGAGAUUCAUGAGAAAUCUGCCAAAACUGUGGAGACAAGCAUGAUAUACUUUGACAUCUGGGACUUCCCAUUCAGUCCUCCAGAGCCAAUCUGAAACAGAAAAAACACUAUUACAAGUCUCUGGUUGACAUGCCACUAUGCUGAUAGACUAAAAAUACAUUUACUGUGCUGCAUGUAGGCAUUUGGGUUGUUGGAAACACAUAAACCAGCACUACUGCUGUUCAUACGGAAUAAAAAAUGGAUUAUAAGAUGAAAUGAAGUUAAAGAACUGCAGUGCAAAACCCUUUCAUCAUUGCAUUAUUUAGAUUACCAAAUCAAGACAAAUUUAAAAGCUCCUUAAAAUAAUGCUGCAAAUUAAACAAAUUUAGCCAAUGUUUAUUUUUAAUGAGAUUUUCAAGACCAAAGAAAAUCAAGUAUUAAAAGUGUGUUACUCUUUCUUUUCAUAAUGCAUAAUUAAUAUCCAUAGCAUAUUAUGAAGGUUAAUUGUGUCACAGCAAAAAGAGUUUGAUAUUAGUUCUACCAGAAACAAGCUUAUGGUUGAAAAUAAAAUUAAAAAACAACAUAUUACCCUUACCAAAAUAACCUUCAGGAAACAUUUUUCAGAAAAUAGUAAAAGGAAAAUCAGUAUUUCAGAGGAAUGUUCCAAUUUUUUUGCCCUUCUUCCACACAGGUUCACAAGCCAUUAUGAGAAAAAUUGUGAUCAGUACCAGUUUCUAUAAUAUCAAUGCCAAAUUUAACCUGUGUCCCAAAAAAGUGAAUGUAGUCAGUUCUGUUUACUGCAUUCAAGGCAGCCCAUUAGGUAUGUGCCUGCAUAACUAUCAAAUCUGCAGUUCAAAAAGCACCCUUGUUAGCUUUGACUAUGACAGACAUUGUAGGUUCGUCUAGGCUCCAAAUAAGAAUUUCAUUCUAGAAAUUUGUAGAAGAUAUUGCCACCUCUUCACUAGAAAAUCAAUGAACUAUAAAAUCUCCUCAAUUAGCAGCCUCCUCUGAAAGAAUGAAACCUGAUUUCUGCUAAAGUUUUGACAAAUAGGUAUGGUAUGUGUGACUCCCCAUUUGAGGAUGGGAAAGGGGAUCUGCUUUCUCAUGAGUUCCUUUUAGGAAAUGUACAUGAAAACAACCUUUUGCAGUUAUUGCUUACAGAACUUUUCCCUUAUACACAUGCCCUACAAGAUCCCCAAAUCUUCUGAAGCCAAUUUGGGGGUGGAAUACUAUUGACGAAAGUUGUUCCAGUAGUGAACAUGAAAUAUGAUCCUCAGAGUUUCUUUAUUUUUUAACAUUUCUGUUCUCCUGACCCUAGAUCCCCGAGGGGGCAGAAUAUAGUUAAUAAGGGAAUAAGAUAAAUGGAUACUAUAGAUAUAUUCAUGUAUCCAUUCCACACACAUUUUCCAAUAUGUAUUAUGCAUAGAUAAUCGCUCUAGAAAACACUGAUGACAUAUUACAAGAUCAAAUACUGGAGAGGAUAAGAUCGUAUCUGGGAAGAUUUGGAAAAAAUCUUUAUAUUUAAGUGUUGUCUAGGUAUGAUUUCUUUGCUAUUUUCUUAUAUAUGACUUUAAGAGAACUUUCCAAGAAUUCAAUUUCAUAAGUGGAAUUGGCUAUGCAUAUUUAGAACUUAGCAUUUAUCCAGUGACUGACAGUGCCAUUGCAAAUGGAUAGAAAACAAAAUAAAACACUCAUAGUUAUUUAACUAAUACAAAUUUAUUGUUUUUAAUUGAACAUAUACAUCUGUAACAACUAACCACUAAAGUGUAACACUUUGGGGGGCUUAAUUCAAAAAUAUAAGACAAAAUAGCAAAUUAUUGCAAUGCAUUUUUUUAAAACAAGGGUGUACCUGAAAACUAAACAGAAAAGUAAGAAAUGGCUGCAAUUAUGGAAGAAUGAUAGCAUUAAAAUCAUACCACCAAAUUCUUACAAAUCAGUUGUAGGUACACAGUGUAGCAAUCAAGACAGAAAGACAAUUAUUGCAAGAAUUAAAGAGUAUAAACUGUAAUAUAAACGUCUGUACCCUCAAAUACUUCUUCAAGCAUUGUUGAAACUCUCUCCCAAUCCAGACGAUCAAGUCCACAGCCAAUCCUGGAAAAUAAAGAAUCCAACUGA